AUGGAGGAGGUGCUGGAGGAGGUGAUGGAGGAGGUGAUGGAGGAGGUGAUGGAGGAGGUGAUGGAGGAGGUGAUGGAGGAGGUGAUGGAGGAGGUGAUGGAGGAGGUGAUGGAGGAGGUGACGGAGGAGGUGAUGGAGGAGGUGAUGGAGGAGGUGAUGGAGGAGGUGAUGGAGGAGGUGAUGGAGGAGGUGAUGGAGGAGGUGAUGGAGGAGGUGAUGGAGGAGGGAUAA